AUGGAGGAGCAACUAGUGCGUCUGCUUACCGAAACGCAGUCCGCCCAGGAGGCUCCGCGGAAGAAUGCCGAAUGGCAGCUGAAGCAGCAAUAUCCCAACCCGGACUUUCCAGCUGCCCUGAUCUCAAUCGGAGCACAUGACAAUGUUCCCCUGGAAGUGCGACAGGCGGCUUUGCUGGUGCUCAAGAAUUGGGUGCUCGCCUGCUGGUCCACCAGUUUUGACGAAUUCAAUGGCCCAUUGUUUGCCGACGAGGCCAGGAAGGCUCAAAUCCGCCAGCAACUGCUUGAUCUUGCCGUGAGCGGGCGGGACGAGAGGAAGAUCAAGAGCGCCGCCAGUCUCGUGGUCAGCAAGAUUGCCAGCGCCGACUUUCCCGAAGACUGGCCAGACCUUCUCCCGACUGUUCUCAAUGUCGUUGCAACUGGCACCGAUGCCCAGCUCCAUGGCGCCUUGAAAGUUCUGAAUGAGCUGGUCGACGACUCUUUCAACGAUGAACAAUUCUUCAACGUCGCACGAGAUCUGGUCAAGGUCGUUUACGAUGUCGCUGCAAAUGACGCUCGACCAGCGGCGCUGCGAGCACUUGCUGUCUCCGUAUUUCGAUCUUGUUUUGACUUGCUUGAGAUGGUCAUGGAAGAUCACAAGGCUGCUGUGAAGGCGUUUGCUGAGGAGAAUCUGGGCGCCUGGAUCUCAUUUGCCAUUGAGUCUCUAAAAACUCCACUCCCUCCAGCACCAGCCGAAGGAAAGAAAGAUGCUGCUGCAGAACACCAUCGUGGCUCAGUCGCACUCAAGCUGCAAGUCGUCAAGGUUCUGAUGCGCAUCCGCACCUUGUUCUCUCAAAUGCUUUCGCCGCACAGUCCAGCUCUCUUCUCAGCCACCUGGCAAGAACUUUCAACCCUUCAAGCUCAGUACUUCCAACAGUACAUAGAAGACUUUGGCCAAGGAAGACUUGAAGAUGCCGAUGGUUUGCCAUUUACGCUGGACUUCCUGGUGCUUGAGGAACUCGACUUCAUGCAGGCCUGCUUGCGUGCUCCGCCCGUGCGAAAAGAGCUCGAGCAACAAUUGCAAUCUCAAGCAGGUGGCACCACGUGGAUUACCGACGUCAUGAAAGUCGCAGUGGCAUAUGCGCAAAUCACUACCGAGGAGGAAGGCCUAUGGGAUAUCGAUGUCAAUGUUUUCCUCUCCGAAGAAGUCAACGUCACUGCCAAUUAUACGCCACGAUCGGCAUGCGGUGAUCUCGUUAUCAAGCUGGGCGAGUGGCUCAACAAUGCUACUGUCGAAGGUCUUUUGGCAUAUACACGCUCCCUAUACUCUGAGAAUGCAGGCUGGAAGGUCAAGGAAGCCGCCCUGUACCUACUCAAUCAGCUUCUGGGCGAUUUCCAAGAUGUCGAGAAACAGAUCGGCCCUGAGUCGGCGAACGGCUACGUCGACUUCAUCAAAUACGCAAUGCAAGAAGAACCAGUCUUCCUUCGCGCCAGAGGUUACUUGGUCGCGGGAAGCCUCACGAGGACAUCCGGCGAGGCUCUCCAAUCAGUAGCCACAUCGUUCAUGGAGGCCACGCUCCUAGCCAUAUCAAGCGACGAGUCCGAGAUUGUCAAGGUCUCAUGCAUCCGUGCGCUUCAGUACUAUCUUGCGUCGCUUCCACCGGCAGUUACACUGCAAAAGCAGCCAGCCAUAAUCACGUCUUUGUCGAAUUUCCUCAACACUCAAGACCUCAGCGAACUGGACGACAACGAUGAUCUGCUCAUCACCAUCAUCGAAACUUUACGCGAUGCCCUACUCUUGGAUACCAGAACGUGUCUGACCGGAGGUGGUAUUGACUUGCUGUUUACCGCUGCGAGCCGGGGAGCAACAAACUUCCAGAUCGCGCUUCUGGUAACCGAGACUUUCGAAGAGAUUGCAAGAACAAUUUCGGAGUCUGGGAGCGACUCGUACGCACAGCUUGUACAGAAAGUCUUACCAUCCCUUAUGGGCGCGUUCGAUGUUGCCACUUUGACGGAAGAAAACGCUCUUGCAAACCUCGCCGCCGAACUGCUCGCAGUCUUGGCUGAGAAUGGCUCGACCCCACUGCCAGCAGGCUUUAUCACGACAGUCAUGCCUCGUCUUACCCGGCUUCUUCUUGGCUCGCAAGACGAUGAGCUUCUCAAGUCCGCCACUUGUGCGGUCAAGCACAUGCUGCACCACGACUCGGAACAAGUGUUCAAUUUCCAGGACCAAGCCGGCAAAGGCGGUCUUGAAGUUGUUCUGAUUAUCAUCGAUCGACUUCUGAAUCCAUCCGUGGACGACAACGGCGCUUCUGAGGUCGGUGGUCUGGCUGCAGAAGUUGUCGAGAAGGCGGGUUCGGACAAGCUUGGGCCAUAUCUCAUGCAGCUGCUCCAAGCUGUUGCCGUGCGGCUGGCCACCGCCUCUCAAGCACAAUUUAUUCAGAGCUUGAUCCUCGUGUUUGCAAGACUUUCUCUGAUCUCCGCCUCGGAUGUGGUGGGCUUCCUCGCUGAUGUUCGCAUUGGCGAUCAAAAUGGCCUGCAGGUGGUCAUUAGCAAGUGGUUGGAAAACUCCAUCAACUUUGCAGGCUACGACGACAUCCGUCAAAAUGUUGUUGCGCUGUCCAAGUUAUACGAGCUUCAAGAUCCUCGCCUUGCACAGAUCCAGGUCAAAGGUGACCUUAUUGUGCCCAAAUCAGAUCGUAUCUUAACCCGAUCACGUGCUAAACAGCAGCCAGAUCAAUACACGGUCAUUCCGGCGCAACUCAAGAUCAUCAAAGUUCUUGUCGAAGAACUUCUUUCGGCUUCCGGAGCUCAGCGCAACAUUGAUGCUGCAGCUGCAGCCGAACUAGACGAUGGUGAUGAGGAUGAUGGAGACUGGGAAGACGACGGCGACGACUUCCUCGAUCUCGGAUCAGGAAUGACAAAAUCGCAACUCAUGGCUUUCGCUGCUGAGGAUGGUCCAGCGACUAGCCGUGGCAGAGACGACGAAACCCAACAGUAUCUAUUGAGCUUCUUCCAGCAGCAAGCACAGAAGCCAGAAUUCGCAGAGGUCUUCAAUGCCCUCACUACCGAAGAGCAGGAGAAAUUGAGGAGCAUGCAGUGA